AUGACCUUAAAGAGUGUGAAUCUUUUGAACAAAGACCACAUUUCGGCCGAGGACUCCAUCAAGCUCCAUGAGGUUGCUAAAACAAUCUUCAAGGCCAAGAAAUCGACGCUUCUCACUGGAGCUGGUAUCUCGUGCAACGCAGGUAUCCCGGAUUUCCGAUCAGAUGAUGGCUUGUACAACAUUGUGAAAGCAAAGUACCCUACCAGCUUCAUUAAGGGUCAGGAUCUCUUCGAUAUCUCGCUUUUCAGAAACAGCACGACAUUAUCCAUAUUUGGAACUUUCAUGGAGGGCCUCUAUAAACAUUCUUUGCGGGCCAAAGCAACCGAGACCCAUAAAUUCAUCAAAACGUUGAAGGAGAAGAACAAACUUCUUAGAUGUUACACACAGAAUAUCGAUAGUUUAGAGAAGAGCAUCAACCUCAACUGUGGUAUCAACACUGCCGAGUUUAACGAGAUCGAGCAUAAUUCCAAUAAGUUGUUCAGAGAGAACUGGAAGAGCUUGGAUGUGGUCCAGUUGCAUGGCAACCUUCACAAGCUCUCAUGUACUCAGUGCUUUAGCCAUUUUGAGUGGACACCACAAACCCAGCUGAUGUUGGAGCAGGGCGAGUAUCCUGAGUGUGAAAACUGCCACCUCAAGUACCAAGAAAGAUUGUACUCGGGAAAGCGGUUGACAGGCACUAUUGGCAUUUUGAGACCCGACAUUGUGUUGUAUGGAGAAAACCAUCCACAGUCGGAAAUUCUUGCCAAAGGUUUGAAUAUUGACUUGAGCAUGAGAUGUGAUUUGCUCCUCAUUAUGGGUACCUCGUUGAAAGUCGACGGUGUCAAGAAAUUGGUGAGAAGUUUGUCAAAAACCAUCCGCGAAAGAGGAGGAAAGGUCAUUUUUGUAAACAAAACGCCAUUAUCCAAGCAAUGGGCUGGUCUCGUUGAUUAUGAAGUUUUGUGUGAUUGCGACGAUUUCGUCAGAGCAUUGAAGAGCGAGAUUCCUGAUUUGUUCUUGACUCAGGAACAGCUUGACUCCAAAAAGCUUGCGAAGGGCAACUCCACAAUAAAGAGCACGAUUAAUGUCAAGAAGGAGUGUAACAAGGAAGUGAAGAAGGAAAUUAAGAGGGAGGUCAAGAAGGAGAUUCUAGCUGAUAUGAAAUCUGAGUCAGAUGUGCUUACGCCGCCUACAACUCCUAGUAAGAACCGCACUGUGCUUUUGCCCAAAAGCAAGCCUUCAUUAAAGAGAAAUUUCGGUGAGAACAAACCGAAUAACCUUCCUUCGCCAUCUCCAAGCUUCUCAGAAGACAUUAUUAAGGUUGAGAGCGAUUCAGAUGUUGCUACGGACUGCGAUGACGACGUUCCAUUGAAGUCGUUCAGCACAUCAGAACUCAACCGCAGCUCUAGCAAAAGAAUCAAAACCGACGAUACAUUAGCCCAUUCCCUGAAGAGACUUCGGGUGUAA